AAUAAAUCGUCAUCUUCAGCGGAUAAAAAGAAUAUGCUCCCAGCUGCUUCGUUUCCCUUCUUUGUUGCAGUACUGUGAACUCUCCGCCUUGGCAAUUCACCAAGACCUUUCGCUAACACUCCCAGUCCAAACCCUAACGAGGAUUCUCUGCUUCUUGCCGACCGUCUAAGAUUUCCCUGUAGUAUAUAAACUUCGAAAAGAUGCCGCACUUGCUUUCAACUUCUAGCACCCUGAAGUCAUGCUUCAGCCGCCCUUUCACACAAUCUACAAGUCAACAGCACACAACAGAUUAUCCUCGAUGUUUCACAUUCAAAACCUCUGGUUACAAGUGUAAUGGGCUGGUCUUGCAGCAAGAUCCAUCGUCACAUCGAAGCUGUAUUGUUCGUGCUGCUGCUGCAGUCCCUGCCAGCCGAGAAGCUCCUGCUACUAAUCCCAGAUCUGGUAGCUCCCAGGCUGCCGCGGCGGAUGGACUUCCCAAAGCACAGAAGGUUAUGGUCAUUGGUGGGGAUGGUUACUGCGGCUGGGCUACUGCCCUCCAUCUCUCAAACAAAGGUUAUGAGGUAGCCAUUGUCGAUAGUCUUGUACGCCGCCUCUUCGAUCACCAACUGGGUCUAGACUCUCUCACCCCAAUUGCUUCCAUUCACAAUAGGAUUCGCCGAUGGAAGUCUCUAACAGGGAAGACUAUUGAGCUCUACGUUGGUGACAUUUGUGACUUCGAAUUCUUAGAAGAAGCCUUCAGGUCAUUCCAACCUGAUGCUGCUGUCCAUUUUGGGGAGCAGCGGUCUGCUCCUUAUUCGAUGAUUGAUCGAUCUAGAGCUAUCUUUACUCAGCACAACAAUGUGAUUGGAACGCUUAAUGUCCUCUUUGCUAUCAAGGAAUUCCAACAGGAUUGCCACCUAGUGAAGCUGGGAACAAUGGGAGAAUAUGGAACCCCUAACAUUGAUAUUGAAGAAGGUUAUAUUACAAUAACCCACAAUGGUCGAACAGACACAUUGCCUUAUCCUAAGCAAGCUAGUUCCUUUUAUCAUCUUAGCAAGGUGCAUGACUCACACAACAUUGCAUUCACUUGCAAAGCUUGGGGAAUUAGGGCUACCGAUCUCAAUCAAGGAGUUGUCUAUGGAGUAAGAACAGAAGAGACUGAGAUGCAUGAAGAGCUGCAGAACAGACUUGACUAUGAUGCUGUCUUUGGAACUGCAUUAAAUCGUUUUUGUGUCCAGGCUGCAGUUGGACAUCCGCUUACUGUAUAUGGUAAAGGUGGUCAGACCCGGGGUUACCUCGACAUAAGGGAUACAGUGCAAUGUGUUGAACUUGCAAUUGCAAACCCUGGGCGACCGGGAGAGUUCAGGGUCUUCAAUCAAUUCACGGAGCAGUUUUCUGUCAAUGAACUUGCUUCCCUUGUUACAAAUGCUGGAAAGAAGGUUGGUCUUGAUGUGAAGACAACCUCUGUCCCCAACCCUAGAGUGGAGGCGGAGGAACAUUACUACAAUGCUAAGCACACCAAAUUGAUCGAGUUGGGACUCCAGCCACAUCUUCUCUCGGACUCUCUCCUUGAUUCCUUGCUCAACUUUGCAGUGAAGUACAAGGACCGUGUUGACACAAAACAGAUAAUGCCCAGUGUUUCCUGGAAGAGUAUUGGGAGCAAACCAAAGACCCUUACAUCCUAAUCCAAUGGGUAAACUUGGGGAACAUCAUUAGCAUUGCAAGGAACAAGAGGUGCUUAAUGUUACUGUUUGUUUUUUGUAUAUUUCCUUGAAAUGUCCUUUUUCUUUUACGGUUAGUAGUUAGCAUGAAGUUCCCCGAGAGUUCCCUUCCCAACUUGGUGUGUUGUCUUCUCCGCAGUGUAGCUGGUUGGUUGUACAGUUUGUGAACACAAUAAGAUGGCAAAUGACACUAGCCAGCCGGUGUGUGACAUUUGUUCAGAGGAUUUAUUUUAAGUC